CUGAAAAUGUUAAUUUAAAUAAUUUAUAAUGAAUUCAAGUGUUGAUAAGUGUCUUGUAUUUAAUCAAGAAUCAUUUGAGAUACCAACAACUUCACAAACAUCAUCAUCAUCAUCAUCUGGAUCAUAUCAUAUACAAAUAGUUGAUAUUGCAUCACGUUGUCCACCAAAUUACGAACAUUUUUGGACAUAUUCCAGUGUUAAUGAAGCAGUACAUAGUUCUUCAUCAUAUUCUCUGGAAACUUACCAAAAUACUGACUCAAAUGAAAAUAUAUAUUAUCCAAGAUGGGAUUAUUCAAAUGAUAUUGAUCAACGAUCAACAAUUAAUCAAUGUGACAUUCGGGAAUGGGAUGUAUCAACUUAUUUGCCAGUAUCAACAGUACCAAUUUUACAAAACUAUGAUCAUCGAGUGUCAUCAAACGGUAAUAAAAUUCCUUCAGUUGAAUUGGACACGUCUGGAUCAGUAACAGAUAAUCACAUGGUGCAAUCACAUCAAUCCAAAUAUGGCAAGUUGCUUAUGAGCAUAAAUUUGUGGAAAAAUAAUAUUAACAUUAAAUGCUCCAUAAAAUUAUUAUUUAAUUUUUUUUGGUUGACAGAAUCUUUAAAGAAAAACGGCCGCGUUUGUCAAGGAGGAAAACCGAGAAAAGAAAGAACAGCAUUUACAAAACAACAAGUUUGCCAUUUAGAGUAUGAAUUUUCACAUAGUAAUUAUUUAACACGACUACGAAGAUAUGAAAUUGCUGUUGCAUUAGAUUUAACAGAACGUCAGGUCAAAGUUUGGUUUCAAAACAGAAGGAUGAAAUGGAAACGUACAAAAAAUUCGACUAAUCAUCAAAAAAUACAAGAAAAUAUUAUUGGGGAAUCUGAAUUGCAAGAUGAUAUUGAUAGCUAG